AUGGAAAAGCCCCCCUUUGUCUCAACGACGCAAACCAACGGCGAGGAAGAGACUUUCGAUGAGAACGACCCGAGGCUGCAAGAUAUCCCGGCAUACGUGCGUCGCAUCGUUUCCUUGCAUGACGAUCCAGAAUUGCCGUGUCUCACAUUUCGAUACUUCCUACUCACGAUCGUCUUCGUCAUCCCCGGAGCCUUCUUAUCGGUGAUGAUGCACUUCCGCACGACAUACGAGCCGUACUCCGUCUUUUCGUUCAGAUUGCUUCCAGCUACGUUGGCGUGUGGCUCGCCAAAGUCCUUCCCGCUUGGCAAGUCAGGGUCUCUUUCACCAGGGUUCAGCUUCAACCUAAAUCCAGGUCCCUUCAGCGUUAAGGAACACGUUCUGGUCACCAUUUCCGCGGCGUCGGGGCCACUGGCAAUGGCUGAGCUACACUUCGAUUCUCGGAUUCAUCCUGCCGCGGCUAUAUUCUUCAUGUGGGGGAUUGUGUGGACCGGAUACUUCUUCGCGCCGUUGGCGCGACAGUUUCCGAUCUGCGACCCCCAGUUCCCGUGGUUCAUGGCACUUUGCCAAACAGCCCUCUUCGAAACCCAGAAAAAGCAGCGCGAAACCCCGACGGCCGAAUCCCGGAAACAGGCCAAAGUAUUCUUAUGGGCUCUUCUUGGCAUGACGUUAUGGCAGUUCAUUCCGGAAUUCGGUUCCCCCAUGCUAGGCUCGCUGGCCUCCCUCUGCUGGGUUGCACCAAGCAACUCGGUGGCUGAUUUCGUUGGCGCAGGAUUCGACAGGAUGGGUGUUUUGAACCUUUCGUUAGAUUGGUCUACGAUUUCCGCAACCGGGAGCUUGUUCUUGACUUCUUAUGUCUGGAUCUUGAACCCGGCUGCCAAAUACGGCAACCUGGGAGAAUGGCACAGGCAUUUGAUGUCGAACCGACUGUUUCUCGAAAACGGGACAUCUUACCCCAUCACCAAGCUUCUGACUCCCAAUGUUUCUUUCAACGAAACGGCAUACCAGGAGUUUGGGCCUCCUUUCGUUGGCACUCACACCAUCUUCUUCAAUUAUGUCGCGUACACGUCUGCAAUCAUUUGGGCUGCCCUUUUCGGAUACAAAGUCGUCAGAGCCAGUUUGCAGAAGAUGAUGCAGCAAACGAAGAGCGGUGCCCAGAUCAGUUCACAGUACAGCGACCAACUCAGCAUUCUGCAGCGGGCUUACAACGAAGUCCCGUUGUGGUGGUUUCUGGCGCUCUUUGCAGCAUCCCUUAUUUCAUUUGGCACCAUCAUCGCCACCGGCAAUAUGUUCAUCCCAGUGUGGACCUAUUUUGUUGCCAUUGCAACUGGCGCCUUUCUUGUUGUGCCCUUGGGUUGGCUGUACGCUCUCAGCAACUUCCUCCCGUCCAUCGGAGCGGCCAAUGAGCUUCUCUGUGGGCUGAUGGCCAACUCGGUCAGCGGCUCCAAGAACCCUACUGGUGCUUCUGUUUACUGUGCAAUCGCCGGUAACGCAAGGUACCGUGCUCAACUGAACCUACAAGACAUGAAGAUCGGCCACUACAUGCACAUGUCCCCGAAGACCGUGUUUUUCUCCCAGGUCUUUGGGUCUUUCCUGGGCGUUACCGUUAACUAUGCUGUCGUGAGAUGGGCCCUAGACACCAAACUCGAUUACCUCACUGGAGUAAAAAAGGAUCCCGCCCAUCAAUGGACGGCCCAGUCUCUCGCGUUGUACCUGACCUUGGGCGUUCAGUACGUUCUCAUCGGCCCGCUUCGGCUUUUCGAGCAGCAUAUUCACAAGGUGCUGCCUUACGGACACGGUUCCCUCGUUGGCGCAUUUGUGCCGAUUCUGAUAUACGGAAUGCAUCGACUUUUCCCGCGCGCCAAAUUUCAGCUUUGGAAUUCGACCAUCUUUUUCUCGCCCAUGGCAAACUUUUACGGUAACAUCAGCACCGGAUACUUGAGCAGCUUUCUUGGCGGAUCCGUCGUCAUGUUCUGGGCCUAUCGUUAUCGCUAUGAUAUGUGGGCGAGAUGGAACUACAUCCUGGCCGCCGCUUUUGACGCAGGCUUCAACUUCAACAUGCUGUUGACGUUCUUGUUGUUCGGCGCUGGGGAGUUUAUGACGAUGCCAUAUUGGUGGGGCAACGAGGCAACUAGUUCUGAGAGGUGUUUUGCGCUCGAGUAA